AUGGCGGUGGGUGGCGGAAACGAGGCUGAGCCAGCAGCCCUGCUACGUACAAGGAUAAACACAUCGGUUCGGUUCAAAACAAAGAUAAGCUCGCAUUCCGUCUCACAUCAUUCAUCACAUUCAUCUAUCCGGAACCUCAAAUCACACUCAAAUCUUGGGCCGCAAACAGCCGGUCAACCCUCGUCCAUCGUGGCCUCGUCAUCAGAUAAACCGGCGGCCGACGUGCCCCCCGUCGAGGGCCAGAGGGAGCAGCUUGGCCACCGGCUGGAGCAGGAGGAGCACAAGGCCUUGGAGAUGAGCGUCGUCGAGAUGGCCUUGAGCACAGUCGAGGGGGUUCCCAAUCUCUACGUCGGAGGACUAUGGGCCCUCCGCCGCUCCCAGUCCCUCCUGGACCGCAAAAUCACACACGUCCUCUCCCUCGUCUCCUUCAACCCAAGCAGCCUCAAAAACUUCAACGACGAGCCCUUCUCCGAGUACGGCAAGCCCUUCAAGCACCUCCUCAUCGACAUUGACGACUUCGAGGACGAGGAUCUCCUCAUCGAGCUGCCCAAUGCCGUCAAGUUCAUCGACGACGGCCUAAGCCGGCACCAAAAGUCCACCAGCAGCGGCAGUGAUGUCGCCACGGCGGUUGAGCGUAUCGGCCUAGACUCCGAGGAAUCAGGCUCAUCAGCAUCAGGUUCAACGCCAGCAGCCUCCUCAGACCAGCCUCCUCCUCCGCAGGGCCAUCCCCGACGAGGAGCCGUCUUCGUCCACUGCGCAGCCGGAAAGUCCCGCUCCAUCUCCGCCCUCAUCGCCUACCUCCUCUGGCGCUACCCGGACCGCUUCACCGGUCCCGCCGGCGCGCAGCUGGCUUCCACUCUCGAGGGCCCCGAGGCCGACGAGUCCGUCGCCGAGCCCGUCCGCGCGGCGCUCGCCCUCAUCAAGCAGACGAGGCCCCUCGCCGAGCCCAACCCGGGCUUCAUGCAACAGCUCGACCUCUGGUGGCAGAUGGGCUGUCCCGCCGACGGCGACAUCGAGACACAGCCCAUCUACCAGCGUUGGCUGUACCAGCGCGCCGCCAGAGAGAGCAUCAACGCGGGACAGGCCCCAUCGCAGCUCUGGUUCGAAGACGAGGCGGCGGCAUCCAGCACCAAGCCGUCAGGUUCCUCCUCGUCUUCUUCUUCGCCGUCGUCUUCGGCCCCCACGCCGGACAGGAAGCUCCGCUGCAAAAAGUGCCGCCGCAUCCUCGCCACGGCGCCCUUCAUCGUGCCGCACAGGCCCCGCGAAGAUGCCGCGGCGUCCUGCCAGCACUUCUUCAUCGAGCCCCUCGGCUGGAUGCGCGCCGAGCUGGAAAAGGGCGAGCUCGGCGGCCGGCUGUCGUGCCCGAACCCAAAAUGCGGCGCCGGCGUGGGGCGGUACGACUGGAAGGGUUUUCCGUGCUCGUGCGGCUCGCGCGAGGACCCGGCCUUUUCGCUGCAGAAGGCGAGGGUCGACGAGGAGCUGUCCAGGGCCGCCCUGCGGAUGCCUCCUGGCCGAGGCGGAAACGGGAAUCUGUGA